GUGCGGAAAAAUGCAUUCCGUAAAUACACAAACACGCAUUGUGCGAAAUGAUUGUCGUGCUGAUGGUACUAUUUUUGGUCGUGAACUGUCACGAGUGUGACCCAGUUCUGGCCAAAGUAAAAAACCAACUAAGCAGGAAAAUCGACCAGAGUUUGUACAAGUACUAUGACCUCCAAGCCCAAGCCAAAACAAAUCAUAGACAAAUAAAGAAAAUAGUAAACAAGGUGCAUCCGAGUGCACUGAAUGAGUGCUACGUGGACGACAAACUAGGUACUCUGUAUGGAAUUAUACUCGAGUACCGACGAUUGCUAUCUGGAGUCACUUAUUCUGGGUACAAUUUUCAACAAAUAGACGACUAUUUCGAGAAAACCCGGUCCGAAAUCGAGCAAAACAACGCGCGAUGUAUAGCAAUAAUAAAAAGAUUUUGUUCUUAA